AUGUCCCUUCUGAGCUACCCUGAGCUAUGCGGUGCUGCAUCCUAUAGAACUCACUGUUACAUCCCAGUGACACCUUCCAUUGCUUUUUGCUCCAAUGAUGUAAGCUCUACCAUUGGACACCACUUACCCAGUAGCUAUCAAGGAAAUCUCUGGCUCCUGGACCAUUGUCAAGAACACUACUGUGACGUGCCAAGCUGUGAUUCUCCCAGCUGUGAGCCCAAGACCUGUGCUACAAAGUGUGACCCGCAGAACUCCUGUGUGCCCUGUGACUCUCCAGGCCAAGUGAUCACUGCCUGCAAAACUACCAACCUCAGAUCCUGCCCCAGCUGCAGCUCAUGCACUCAGACCAAGGGGUAUGUAUCUAAUUGCUACAGGGACACUCUAUGUGCGUCUAAAGCCUGCCAGACCCUUCACAAUGGCCCCAACUGCUUUGGACAACUUAACUACUUAUUUAAGAGUCCCCGACCUCUAAGCUACUGCAGACUUGGUGGUUUGGGGUAUAGAAGCUAUCAAACUCUUGGCUUUAAUUCCAGUCGCUUUUCACCAUCAUGUUACACUGCCAGCAGAUAUCAACCUCAAAAUCACUUCAUGAAAAAUCGCCGAUAUCUGAAUUAUGGACCUACGAGCUACCGACUGCUGAGCUACUUAUCUAGGAAUUUCCAUUCUCUGAGCUGCCUACCCAGCAGCUUUCCACCUCUGAGAUAUUUAUGCAGAGGUUGCAGACCUCUGAAUUGUCAUUGA